AUGGUACUGUCUGUGAAGAAGACGCUUGCUCUCGCGCUGUGCGUGUCGACUUUCGCCGCCUCGGAGAUGGCGCAGAGCUCAGCCCUGCGCACGCACCCGCGCCGCGGGCUGGCGGGCAUUCACCACACGACCCCAGUACGCACCCAAGACAGUGGCUCUUCCGAUUCCUACGACUCGUACGACUCGUACGACCUGGAUGGCUCCGACUUGGCGGACGUGGAGCUGCAGGGCUCGGAGGAGCUGGACAUCUCCAGCUCGCAGGACGUGGACCUGGCGGUGGACGGCCCAACCGACAUGGAUGUCGACUUGGACGACGGGGAGGAACUCGACUACAGUGGAAAGGGCGACCAGACGCUCGACGUCUCGUCUUCGGGUGAUCUGGACUUCUCGGCCGACGCCAGCUUGGACGCGAGUGGCCAGAUGGACACGGACAUUGAGUUCACGGACGGGUCCGUUGACGUGGAGCUGGAGGACGACGAGGAUUACAGUCAGGAGCUCGAGCUCGAGGAUGAUGAGGUCGUGGACGAGAUCAUCGACGUGCCUGAGGGCGCCAAGUCCAUUCACCUGCGUGUCCACAAGGGGAACGUGGACUUGGACAUCAUCAAGGGGCCCAAGCCGCACAUCAAAAGCGAGACGCAGACCGAGCCGAAGGUGGAAGAGUCCCCGAAGGAGGAGCAGAAGGCGGGAGAGACAGGCGCCACUGUAACCAAGGAAGAGACGGUGUCGUACGCUGCUGAGGCCAAGGAGUGGAUCGAGGAGAACGGCAGCAAGCCCGCAGUUUUGGGCGGUAUGAUCGGUGCGGCUGUGGGAAUCCUUGGGAUCGCCGGUGUGGCCGUCGCCAAGAGCCGCAAGCGCGCGUCUGAGAAGUCCGAUGUCGAGGCUGGGGUGGCGGCGCUCACGGAAGAGAACGCCGAUGAGGAGAUGAAGAAGACGAGCGUUGUGGAAGGGUCGGUGUAA